AUGGACACCAACUAUUUCGUCUGUACGCUUGGCCAAGCUGCCAGCUUGAGCGAGGGAGAUUCUAGCUUCAACAACAUCAACGAAUUCCUUGAUCUUCAAGCACGGGCUGUGGGAAAUAAGCCUGCCGUCGGCUUAUUCGAGUUACUCAAUGGCGAGGACGUGUCCAGCGGAGAGGUGCCACAACCUGGCAGUCCAUCAUUGAAGCAUCGGACCAUCACUUUCUCAGAACUCCGGAAUGGAUCUCUUAUCGUCGCCGACAUGAUCAAUCGCAAACACGGGGAAAGCCUCAGCGGAAGGCAGACUGUGGGUUUCCUGUCCCCAAGUUCGCCGACCUUCAUUUUCGUGUGGUUAGCCUUGAUGCGCCUAGGCCAUUCUGUUCUGCUGGUCGCGCCGCAAUGCCAACCACCUGCCAUCGCACACCUUUUACAUCUCUGCGAAGCUUCGACGCUCUUCCACGACCCAUCUCUCCAAACCGCGGCCGCCAAAACUGCCGAACACGUAGCAUCAGCUACUGAUAGCGGUACCGGAAAAUCAGGCGUCCUGUCCACCAUCUCCCUCUCCUCCGUGAUCCCCACAGGCCUUCUUUCCUCUAUCAAAACCGCCAGCAGCAGCAGCAGCAUCGACUCCCUUCGAAAUACGUUCCCCGCGCACCACAUCCGACGAACCGACGUCGCCUUCCUCUUCCACACGUCGGGCACCUCGUCCGGCCAGCCCAAGCCCAUCCCGCAGACGCACGGCGGCGCCGCCUGCGCGCUGCCGCAGCACCUGCCGGGUUCGGCGGCCAAGGCGACCUUCACGACCACGCCGCUCUACCACGGCGGCAUCGCCGACUGCUUCCGCGCCUGGACGAGCGACGCGCCGGUCUGCCUGUUCCCCGGGCACGCGCUGCCUAUCACGGCCGCGAAUGUGGGCGCUUGUCUCGACGUCGCUGCUGCUGCUGCGGUGAAGGAGGCGGAGGAGGCGGAGGAGGGGGCGGAGGAGAAGGAGGAUGGAGCGUUGCCGCCGGUGAGGUACUUCUCGUCGGUGCCGUACGUGCUGCAGAUGCUGGAGGCCGAUGCGUCAGGCGCGGGCGUGCGGCGCCUGCGCGGCAUGGAGCUCGUCGGCGUGGGCGGCGCGGCGCUGCCGGCUGAGGUCGGCGACCGGCUGGUCGAGAAGGGCGUGCGGCUGGUGUCGCGGUACGGCAGUGCCGAGUGCGGGUUCUUGAUGUCAUCGCAUCGCGAGUACGAGACGGAUCGGGAGUGGCAGUAUUUGCGGUGUGAUGAGGCUGGGGGGAAGUACCUGCGCUUUGAGUCGGGCGAGGGGAAUGGUGGGAAGGGGCUGGCGGAGUUGGUUGUAUCACCAGGCUGGCCGCAUAUGGCGAAGACUAACAGAGAAGACGGAUCGUUCGCCACAGCAGACCUGAUGAUGCCGCAUCCGACGAUACCAAACGCCUGGAAAUAUCAUUCCCGUGCUGACUCGCAGCUCACGCUCGUCACAGGGAAGAAGUUUGACCCGGCACCCCUGGAGUCCGCAAUCGCGGCGAGCCCAUUCCUCGACGAUGUGCUGAUCUUCGGGAACGGGAGGCCGUUUCCCGGCGCUCUACUAUUUCCAAGUGAAGGCUUUGCGGCAACGUCUGAUGGAGACUUGAUCGAUGCCGUAAAACCGCUGGUUGAGAAGCUUAACGAGGAGAGUCAACAGCACGCGCGGAUACCGCGGAAUAUGCUGGUGCCGAUGCCCCGUGAUCACGAAGCUCUGGAGAAGAGUAGCAAGGGGACGGUUAUGAGGGGGAAGGCCGAGGAGAAGUAUGCGGAUGUCAUCGAGGAGAGUUAUACGAAGCUCGGUGCCGGAGCCGGCUCCAAGGUACCGGAUUCGGAGGUAACGAACUUCAUCAUCGAUUUGAUCGAGAGUGUGAUACCGAAAUCGAGAACGCUGGAAGAGGAUGAUGAUCUUUUCUCCUACGGCGUCGACUCUGUUGCAUGUAUGCAAAUACGAUACGGAUUAAAUCAGAUCCUUCCAAAGACUUCGCCAGAACUACCGCUAAGCGUUGUAGAAGACUGCGGUACUGUGAAGAGAUUAAGCAAUUUCAUGCUAAAGCUGCGCCACGGAGAAUCAUACGAAGAGAGCGAAGACGAUCUCGAGCUUAUGCUGAACCUUGUCGAGAAGUACGGUAACUUUAACGAGAAACAGAAAAAUACAUUCCAAGCCAAUGGCUCUGUAAACGGUGAAGAUGCAAAGGAUGUCGUCCUACUCACCGGAGCCACCGGCGCGCUGGGAGCCCACAUACUACACCUAUACAGGGUCUCGGACCAAACUUCGAAGAUCUACUGCCUUGUCCGGGGCACCAGUUCGCACACCGCCCGCGAACGCGUCGACAAAGCCCUUAUUCAAAAGGGCCUCCCGGGCUUGACGGCAUCAGGGCACCCCGAUAACUCAAAGAUCAUCGUCCUCCAGGCUCAGCUGGGCGAUUCAAACCUCGGCUUGUCCGAAGAGACAUACGCCAAUAUCGCCGCCGAGGCCACCAUCAUCAUGCACAUCGCCUGGUCAGUGAAUUUCCGGAUGCGGCUGCGCAGCUUCGAGAAGGACAAUAUCGCCGGCCUCCACAACCUCCUCACCCUCUCCCUGCGCUCCCCGCGCCCCUCUCCUCCCUUCUUCGCCUACUGCUCCUCCGUCGCCAGCGCGACCAACUACCCACACUCCCCCACCAUCCCGGAGCGGCUCCUCGACUCCCCGGCCGCCGCCUCGCCCCUGGGCUACUCGCGCUCGAAGUGGGUGGCCGAGCACGUGUGCCAGCGCGCGCACGACCACUACCAGCAACAGCAGCAGCAGCAGCAGCAGCACACGAGUAGUAGUGACGCGCGCAACCGCCAUCCCGGCCGCCGCCGCAUCGCCGUCUUCCGCGUCGGCCAGCUGAGCGGCGACACGCGCAACGGCGUCUGGAACGCGCGGGAGGCGUGGCCGCUGAUGCUGAGCACGGGGCGGCUGACGGGCUGCUUGCCCGCGCUGCCCGCCGAGCCGCUGGGCUGGUUGCCUGUGGACGUGGCGGCGCGGGCCUUCGUCGAGGCGGUGGGGGCGAUGGGCGAUGGGGAUCGUCAUGCUGUCGCUGGGCGAAAGGACGACGGGGAGGGUGAGGGGAGGGGAGGGCAAGAUGUGAAGGUUUAUCACGUCCUGAACGAGCAUUGCGACCCCGAUUGGAUGCGAUUGCUGUCAUGGCUGAAGAAGUUGGAGGAUUUUGAGGUCGUGGAGCCCGGUGUGUGGCUGGAGCGGCUGGAGGAGGCGAGGAGUGGGAACGGGGAGACGGAUCAUCCAGCACUGAAGCUUCUCGGGCUCUGGAAGGAUGCGUACGGGAAUGUGGACCAUCUUUCAGCAGCAGAUGAAGAAAGAGUGAGAUCCGGAAGCGAUAGGCGGACAUUUGCCAUGGAGGAGACAAAGAAGGUUGCACCGGCGCUUCGCAACGUCAGACCGGUGGACGAGAAGUACUUCGGCAAGAUUUGGAAGUGGUUAUGCGACGUCAAGAUGGAGUAG